CCGUAAGCACCACAACGCCCUUCGUCGGGUGCCGUGUGGUGCCCGACUGCUGCUGCUUUGAACGGCAGCACUGACAUGGAAACCCCCCUGCAGCUGCACAACGAUUUCUUCCCUGAGCGGCAGCAGUUCCAGCACUGUAAGUACCAGCACUACUGCGGGCGGGAGGACCGUCUCGGCAAGCAGCCGCACGACCGAUGCUGCACCUGCAGUAGCUGCACCUGUGACGCGCGGAAAAGCCUCAUCUUUCGCGGGACGUCGCCGACCACUGUGGGAACUUUGAGGACACCUUCGGAGACGUCUUCCAAGCAAGGUUGCCAGUACAGCGUGUGCGAGUUCACACCUUCUAGUCAUGGUAGUUCAUCCAGACACCAUCCUCCGCCUCCUCCUCCUCCUCCUCCUCCUCCUCCUCACCACCAUCAGCAGCAGCAGCAGCAGUGCCGCGGUCGGGGCAGCCUGGGCAGCGGCCACAAAGACAGUAACUCCUACAAUGAAAUAGCCAUGAGCAGCUGCAGAUACAACGGCGGCGUCAUGCGUCCGCUGAGCAACUUGAGCUCGUCCCGCAGAAACAUACACGAGUUUGAUUCCGAGUCCCAGCCACUGCAGCCCAUCUCAGCCGCGGAUGCGUCGGAACCUCUGUCGUCCAAGCCGGAGAACAAUUCCACCACCCUGAUGCCUUACGCAUCGGGGGACGCGGGGGGAGGCUGCGGCCACAGCGGCGGCAAAUCGGGGAAGAAGAAGAACCAGAACAUUGGGGAGAAGCUCGGGCACCGGAGGGCCCUGUUCGAGAAGAGGAAGCGUCUCAGCGACUAUGCUUUAAUCUUUGGGAUGUUUGGGAUCGUUGUUAUGGUUAUAGAGACUGAACUCUCAUGGGGAGCCUAUGGAAAGGAGUCCCUGUAUUCAUUAGCUCUAAAAUGCCUGAUAAGCCUUUCUACAAUCAUCCUCCUGGGGCUGAUUAUCAUUUACCACGCCAGAGAGAUACAGUUAUUUAUGGUGGACAACGCCGCCGAUGACUGGAGGAUAGCCAUGACGUAUGAGCGCAUCUUCUUCAUCUGCCUGGAGAUCCUGGUGUGCGCCAUCCACCCUAUCCCAGGGAACUACACCUUCACCUGGACCGCGCGCCUGGCCUACUCCUACGUGCCAUCCAAGACUGAUGCGGACGUGGACAUCAUCCUGUCCAUACCCAUGUUCCUGCGGCUGUACCUCAUCGCCCGUGUCAUGCUGCUGCACAGCAAGCUCUUCACGGACGCCUCCUCCCGCAGCAUCGGGGCACUCAACAAGAUUAACUUUAACACACGCUUCGUGAUGAAGACCCUCAUGACCAUCUGUCCUGGCACUGUGCUGCUGGUCUUCACCAUCUCGCUGUGGAUCAUUGCUGCAUGGACUGUGAGAGCUUGCGAGAGGUACCAUGACAACCAGGACAUAACCAGCAACUUUCUAGGAGCCAUGUGGUUGAUCUCAAUCACGUUUCUUACCAUUGGAUAUGGGGAUAUGGUCCCAAACACAUACUGUGGGAAAGGAGUCUGCCUGCUGACUGGCAUCAUGGGUGCUGGCUGCACUGCUCUGGUGGUCGCUGUGGUGGCAAAGAAACUGGAAUUAACCAAAGCUGAAAAACACGUCCACAAUUUUAUGAUGGACACCCAGCUAUCAAAAAGAGUGAAAAACACAGCUGCGAAUGUUCUCAGGGAGACGUGGCUCAUCUACAAGAACACUAAACUGGUGAGGAAGAUGGACCACGCCAGAGUCAGGAAGCACCAGAGGAAAUUCCUCCAAGCCAUUCACCAGGCUCAGGCGUUAAUUCAUUGGGUUCUGAAUGGUCUUGUGUUCAGAUUGAGAAGUGUUAAAAUGGAGCAACGCAAGCUGAAUGACCAAGCAAACUCUCUAGUGGACCUUGCUAAGACUCAGAACAUCAUGUAUGACAUGAUAUCGGACUUGAACGAGCGAGGCGAGGACAUGGAGAAGAGGAUUGCCUUGCUGGAGACAAAGCUGGAGACUCUAUUGAGUAACUUGCAGGCUCUGCCAGGACUCAUCAGCCAGGUCAUCAGCCAGCAGCACAGGGACUUCCUGGAGGUGCAGCUCCAGCCUUAUGACAAACACAGCCCUGAGCGCUCACAGUCAGUGUCCCGACGGAGGUCGUCCUCCACUGCACCACCCACCUCCUCCGAGAGCAGCUAGAGUCCAAGAGGAAUGCCUCCACGGAAGACUUUUGCCAUCAUAUGGCAAAGUUGCAUUUAUCGUAAAGCCUUAUGGUUUCAAUACGUAUUAUCCAAAAUUCUGAUGACAGAAUCCAAGAUACUGGGGACAGAUGGAUUUUAAUGGAUAACUUCAUGCUGUUAUUUGUUUUUUAUUACCUCAAAAGAUGUUGUUAUCCUUGCUCUGGUGACAAGACCUCAAAUAAUGGCGCUUCCCUCAGUAGAAAAGGCCUAUCGAUGGGGCUGCGAUAAGGACUCUACUCCAUCUCUAUGCAGAGGUAGCCAGUUUAAGGUGGCAAGGUUUAACAAGUUUGAAACUAUUGCACUAAAAUAGUGCUUCUCACAGACUUUGUGCUUCAGCGGGCUUGAUUCAGUUUCUGAUCUCCUCAAAGCAAACCAGUGAGAAAUCAGUCAGGGAGAAUGAUGAUGUUGAGGAAAAGUGCUGUGUUUGACGGUCUGGAGUGAACUGAUAGCAGGAGAAGAUGAAAAUCACUCCUGCACACAGUCACUCAGAGAAAGUUAAAAAGCUUGAAAUGAGGGGGAAAAGAGCAUAUAUCUUUUAGGUUAGAAACAGCAUCAACUAUAGCGGUUUUCUUUUUGCAGAGUGCCCCUGUAGAAUGACUAUUUUUGGGGCACAAUUGCAAAUAAUUUAAUCCUCUAGUCGAAAUGAAUGCAUUAAAAUCUGUACUUGCACUUACUUUUUAAUCAAUGCACUUCAAUGCUGACUGACAUAUGAUAUAAAGAUGCGUUGCUCAUUAAAAAGAAGAACAUUUGAGAUGUUUGGGCAUGGGUUUAUUACUGUCAGUUCUCAAGUCGUGGCUAUAACGUUGAUGAAUCAAGUCAAAGCCCUUUUCUGUUGUUUGUUUUUUUUACUAAGAAGCAUCAACUUAGACCUGCAGAAGUCAACAGAAAUUUAUUGAGUGAUCACAUAAUCUGUAAUUACCCCUUGUCUUGCCGUGUCUCACCUCCUUUUCCUCCCUCCUGUGCUAUUUAUGCUUGCUGUCAUCCCAGCCGGGUGACAACAAAUGCUGAACAACAACCCGCAGAGACCGUAUCUACCUUUUAAAAAGAAAAUGCCUAUUUUUAUAUAUUUUGAUGAGGACAAGCACACCUCCUACAACUAAGCAGACAACAGAGAUGUGAGAAGUGACAGAUUCAGCAUAUCCAGCAUUUGGUUUCAUAUUUCCUGGGCUGGAGAUAAGAUACAUACAUUAAAUUGCUGAUUUGGUCUUCCCUGAAUUAUACAUAUCUUUAAUUCGAUUAUUAAGUUUGCAUUCAUUUUAACAUAAGCUUUAGAAGGGCUGAGCUGUAUGAGCAGUAUUUAAAGGCAGAACAGGUAAAUCUACCUAUAGUGGCUGGCGUGUUUUAGGUUGAAAGGUUUUACUGUCAUAAAAUACAUCUAUCUUCAUAUCAACUGAGUGGCCAAUAAAGCCCCUGGACAUCAUGGACAUGUAGUUAUAACGUAACCUCUUCACAGAGCAUAUAGAAGAUGUGGUGGUCACUCACCAAAUCAGCAGCACUGAUCCAGUUCAACCAGCCCACCCACCAUCCCACCAAUAAGCCAAUUAGAUGGUCCAGAAAUUGUCCGAUGUUCAGUCCACAAACUUCUGCAAAUAUAGAAACCAAUGAGAGAUUACACUGUAUGCGACUUAAACAAUAAAAAUAUACAAUUUGACAGGCCUGUAUCCUUUCUUUAAAACUUGGUGACAAUUUGUACCAAGUAGGAAAAAGUGUUUUCGGGGGCAAGAAACUAAUGUUAUUUACAUCAAACUAUAAUAUGUAUAAUGUGUGGUCCAAAUCCAGUUUGACCUGGUGUAGCAUAAUGUAAUUUUAGAGAUGUUAAAGAGGUGCAGCAAUUUUUUUAUCUC